UCCUUAUGCGCGCUUCUUUGGGCAAAGAAACAGUUUCAGGUAUUUCUACUAAGGCUUCGCUCAAAUUUUAUAGCUGUAGGUUUUCGGAACGUUCACAUAUUAUUCUGCUAAAGCUUACUCUCGACCUUCAGAGAAAUUGGGCACAUAGCUUUACACAGUCUCAAGAGGAUAAUCCCACCAAGAGACACCACCAAGAAACACCACCAAGACCUAGAAAAUGA